AUGGCAGUGACUAUGUGCCAGGUAAUGGGAUUCGUGUUGGGAGCACUGGGCCUAGCGGGGACCAUUGCCGCCACUGCUAUGGAUAUGUGGAGCACAGAGGACCUCUACGGCAACAUAGUUACAUCCGUCUACACUUACUCAGGCCUUUGGAGGUCUUGUGUAAGGCAAACUUCUGGAUUCACAGAGUGCAGACCUUACUUCACCAUUCUAGGACUGCCAGGUCUGUUCCAGGCUGUGAGAGCACUAAUGAUUGUGGGUGUCCUUUUUGGGGCAAUUGGUGUCUUCAUUGCCAUAUUUGCCCUCAAGUGCCUCAGAAUGGGUAACAUGGAGGACAGAGUAAAGGCAACCAUGACACUGGCAGCUGGGGUCAUGUUUAUUCUUGCAGGAAUUUGUGCCGUUGCUGGAGUGUCUGUCUUUGCCAAUUUGAUUGUAACCAACUUUACGCUCACCACGUUCACCUCCUCUGAUGCCGGAGUGUUUGCAGGAGGUUAUGGUGCAGGAGGUUUUGGUGGUAUUGCAUCUGCACCUCUUACCCCAAGAUACACUUUUGGCUCCGCCCUGUUUGUCGGCUGGGUGGGUGGGGGUGUUCUUGUUGUGGGAGGAAUCAUGAUGUGCAUGGCCUGCCGUGGUAUGAUGCCUGAGAGAGACCGCUAUGCUGGCACAGCAUAUAAAUCUGCAACCCACAGUGCCAUCUACAGGUCAGAAGCCAAGUCAAGACCAAACUAUGACGAGUCCUUCAAAGCCCACAGCAUGGAAGGAAGACGCUCUAACCAGAAGUUUGACUACGUGUAA